AAGGGGAGGGCGAGAGCAAUUGAUUUUUUUUGUGGAAAAGUGGAAAAAUUAGUGGCACCAAAUUUGCGGAAAACUCUCAUUAACAGCCAGAUAAAAUUGUGCUGAGAAGGAAAUUGAAUAACAAGAGCGUUUCGGCAGCAGACGGUGCACACAAUGAUUGGUGGUUUGUUCGUUUACAACCACAAGGGCGAGGUUUUAAUCUCCCGUGUUUAUCGCGAUGACAUCGGACGCAAUGCCGUGGACGCCUUUCGGGUCAACGUCAUCCAUGCUCGCCAGCAAGUGCGUUCGCCAGUGACCAACAUUGCGAGGACCAGCUUCUUCCACAUUAAGCGUGCCAACAUUUGGUUGGCUGCGGUCACCAAGCAGAAUGUAAAUGCUGCCAUGGUAUUUGAGUUCUUGCUGAAGAUCAUUGAGGUGAUGCAGUCUUACUUUGGCAAGAUCUCCGAGGAGAACAUCAAGAACAACUUUGUGCUCAUUUAUGAGCUGCUGGACGAGAUCUUGGAUUUCGGCUAUCCCCAAAAUACGGAUUCCGGCACUCUGAAGACGUUCAUCACACAGCAGGGCAUCAAGUCGGCCACCAAGGAAGAGCAGAUGCAAAUAACGUCGCAGGUCACCGGCCAAAUUGGUUGGAGACGUGAGGGCAUCAAGUAUAGACGAAAUGAGCUGUUCCUCGAUGUGCUGGAGUAUGUGAAUCUGUUGAUGAGUCCGCAGGGUCAGGUGCUGUCCGCUCACGUCGCCGGCAAGGUGGUCAUGAAGUCGUACUUGUCAGGCAUGCCCGAGUGCAAGUUUGGCAUCAAUGACAAAAUAGUUAUGGAGUCCAAGGGCCGCGGACUUUCGGGCAAUUCGGAAGCUGAAACAUCGCGCUCUGGCAAGCCAGUGGUCGUGAUUGACGAUUGCCAGUUCCAUCAGUGCGUCAAGCUGAGCAAAUUCGAGACGGAGCAUUCGAUUAGUUUUAUACCGCCGGACGGUGAAUUUGAGCUGAUGCGCUAUCGCACCACAAAAGACAUUUCAUUGCCAUUCCGUGUCAUACCGCUGGUGCGCGAAGUGGGACGCACAAAGAUGGAGGUAAAGGUUGUACUCAAAUCGAACUUUAAGCCAUCGCUGUUGGGCCAGAAGAUCGAAGUAAAAAUUCCAACGCCCCUCAAUACAUCGGGCGUGCAGCUGAUUUGCCUCAAAGGCAAGGCCAAGUACAAGGCAUCGGAGAAUGCGAUCGUUUGGAAAAUCAAACGCAUGGCGGGCAUGAAGGAAACUCAACUGUCGGCGGAAAUUGAGCUGCUGGAGACGGAUACCAAAAAGAAAUGGACACGUCCACCGAUUUCCAUGAAUUUCGAGGUGCCAUUUGCACCGUCUGGCUUCAAAGUGCGCUAUCUUAAAGUGUUCGAGCCUAAGAUUAACUACUCCGAUCACGAUGUGGUCAAAUGGGUGCGCUAUAUUGGCCGCAGCGGACUGUAUGAGACGCGUUGUUAAAGGAUAAGCAAGUGCGACUCCCAAAAGCAAUCGAGCAAGUGGACGACAUUAUAUAUAUUAAUAAUAAUAAUAAUAAUAUGUUGAAUUUAAAAGAAAAAACAGAUGGAAAAACGAUUACCAUUCGUCCGUUAUUGGAAGUUUCAUCAAUCAAAUUGAACAAAAUGUUGUCUCGUAUUCCAAAAUUAGUUCUUCAGCAAGGGCAAAUUAAUCAACUACAAAGUUAGUUGAUUAAUUGUCCCAUCCUAUAAUGCAUAUAAGUAUGAUGCACAUCUCUAUGCCUGUAAAACAUACAUACCAUUAUUUACAAAAAAAAAAAAAAAACAAAA